GAACACUAAAAUCUAUGUUUGACAAAUCCACCAAUGAUUCAAGGACUUAUUCUUUUGUUAUGUCUCUCUCUUCAAAGUUCAUCAUUCAGUGAAAUUGGGAUGUGGAAUCUGCUCUUCUGAACCUUAAAGCUUUUGCUUCAAGUCACAGAUCACAGUCACAUAACAUUUUCCAUCAAACAAUUCAAUUUUGCCUCAAAAUCAUGUUGAGAAGGCACUCCCUUAUGAGUUCAACACCAAAACAAGUGUCCCUCUUUUUUGUUAGCCAUUUCCAUUCCACCCUUUUCACUCCAUCACCAAAACAAGUGUUCCAAACCCAUAAUCGUUGGUGGGGUUACCCCAAAAGCUUCAAACCCAGUUUCAACCCCUCCUCACCCUUUUGCAGACACAAAGCCAGCACCUUGCACAGUGGUUCCUCUGUAGAACAAAUUGAACAUGUUGAAGUUGCUGACCGCGAUGUCUGGAUGAAAAUGAAGGAUGAAGCAAGAUUUGAUGUCUCUGUGGAACCCAUCUUGUCAGGUUACUACAACACUUCCAUUCUCUCGCACAAAUCAUUAGAAACGGCGUUGGCCAAUCACCUUGCCGUCAAACUCAGCAAUGCAUCUCUUCCUUGCAGCACCCUUUCUGAUCUUUUUGUCACGGUUUUGGAAACAGAUGAAGCCAUCAUGGCUGCUGUGAAGAGUGAUCUGAUUGCAGUUAAGGAGAGAGACCCGGCAUGCCUGAACCUCGUGCACUGCUUCUUGAAUUUCAAAGGCUUUCUGGCAUGUCAAGCUCACAGGGUGGCUCACAAACUGUGGCUGCAGAGAAGGAAGGUUCUUGCUGUCAUGAUUCAGAACCGGGUUUCUGAGGUUUUUGCGGUGGAUAUUCAUCCGGGGGCAAAGAUUGGAAGUGGGAUUUUGCUGGAUCAUGCAACAGGGAUUGUGGUGGGAGAGACGGCUGUGAUAGGGAACAAUGUGUCAAUUCUGCAUAGUGUGACAUUGGGAGGGACUGGUAAGGUUUGUGGAGACAGGCACCCAAAAAUUGGCGAUGGGGUUCUGAUAGGUGCUGGAACUUGUAUUUUGGGGAAUAUUAAGGUUGGUGAAGGGGCAAAGAUUGGUGCCGGUUCAGUUGUCAUUAAGGAUGUUCCUCCUAGGACUACAGUUGUUGGUAACCCUGCUAAGCUGGUAGGAGGAAAGAACAACCCUGUUAAGUUGGAUAAGAUUCCCAGCUUAACCAUGGACCAUACUUCACAUAUUUCUGACUUCUAUGAUUAUUGUGUUUAGACCUUGAAGUGUAAUGUAGUGUAUUCCUCAAGCAUGCUUUGGAAUUUUGAGUUUAGAAAUGAUUAUGAUUGAUUGGGGUGGCUCUUGUUUGUUAAGAGAGAAUUCAUGUUCUCCUAUUGAUAAUAAUAGGAACGAAAAUAACAAUGAGAGUUGCCUUGAUUA